AUGUUGUUGUGGCCUCCCCGGUCUUGUUAUCUUACAGGAUGAGAGAGCAGCGAUGCAGACCAGUGGACAACCUACGUUCAGUUCAACGGCCCUGAGGUCAAGAUGAAUUAUUGCUGACUCUGUGAAGAUGGAAAAAGACAGGACAGAUAAGACUGGGGUUAUAUUAAAUCUCACCCUGGAGAUCAUCUACCUGCUGACCGGAGAGGAUUACACAGUAGUGAAGAAGACAUCUGGUGAGUGUGUGACCCCCAGCAGCCAUCAUUAUGUGUCAGGAGGAUGUAGCAGCCCGACCAUGGAGUCUCCACAUCACUCACUGAUUACAGAGAGAACCGAUGAGCAGAAGAUCCUAGAACUCGCCAACAAGAUCAUUGAGCUGCUGACUGGAGAGGUGAACGAUGUUGUGUAUGAUGAUGUCAUGACUGAGAACCACCAGCACCUUAUAUCACUGGACGGAUCCUGUAACAGAUAUCUACCCGAGAGAUGCCCCAGUCCUUUGUAUUCCCAGGAUUGCUCAGAGGAAAAUCACAAUGUUCCACGAGAUUAUCAGGAUGAAGAUCUUAUUCAUAUUAAAGUUGAGGUUGUAGAGGAUGAAGAAGAGACAGACUUUAUGGACGAUCAGCAGUGUAAGGAGGAGGAGAUACCUGAAGAUAUCAGCCCAGAAGCACACAAAAGUUGUGAUACAUCAAAAGAACGUAUUAUUUCAACUGGAGUUUGUGAAAUGGAAACUCGGGAUAGCAUUCAAGAUUCCUCAGGAGUAGAGCAUCUGACUCGAAAGCAACCCUCAGAUCUCUCGUCUGCAGCCUCCAGUCAUGAGCGAUGUUAUGAUAAAUCAAAUAGCCUUACAAGUUGUAGUAUAGAUAGUGGGAGGAAAAUCUAUCCGUGCGCUGAGUGUGGGAAAGGAUUUCACAACAGUGCAAAUCUGUCCCGACAUCUGAGGAUUCACACGGGUUUGAAGCCAUUUUCUUGUUGCGAAUGUGGCAAAUCUUUUACGCAUAAAUCUAUGCUUGAUGCUCAUCAGAGAAUUCACACAGGGGAGAAGCCAUUUACAUGUUCAGAGUGUGGCAGGUGUUUUACCCAAAAAUCCCAUCUCAUCAAGCAUCAGGUUAUACACACUGGAGAGAAGCCGUUUUUGUGUUCGGAGUGCGGGAAAUGUUUUAUGCAGAAAUCAGACCUCCUAAAACAUCUGAAAGUCCACACAGGGGAGAAGCCGUUUCCAUGUUCUCAGUGUGGGAGGCGUUUUGCAAGUAAAUUGGAUCUGGUCAACCAUCAGCGGAUGCACACUGGGGAGAAGCCAUUUCCGUGCUUUGAAUGCGGGAAAUGUUUUACACAAAAAUCAAUUCUUGUGAAUCAUAUAAAAAUCCACACAGGAGAGAGACCACAUCAGUGUCCUGAUUGCGGGAAAUGUUUUGCUCAAAAAUCCAAGCUUCUGGGCCAUCAUAGAACUCAUACAGGAGAGAAGCCAUAUUCUUGUUCUGACUGUGGGAAAAUUUUUGGACACAAGUCGAGUCUUGUCAAACAUAAUCAAAGAGUUCACACAGCAACUAGUUGAAACAUUGUUACAGUACUUAGUAUACUUGUUUGAAGUCAGUACAUAAGGACCAUAUGUUCUCGAGGACAGACCCACCAGAAGCCAUAAAUACUAAGUAUAUACCAGACCCCCAGACACAACCAGGAUAUGUGUGCUCUGUUUAUAUAUAUAUUCUUUUAAGCCAAUCUGCUAUGGAGCUCCAUAUCCUACAUAAAAUGUUUUCCAUUUGAUGGAUGCAAAGGAG